CAAGAUGGCCGCCGCGCGCCCGGAGACCCCGAGUCCGAGCUCAGCGGCACCGGAGCCGCGAUCCCCGGAGCCUCCGGACCUGGUCCUGGUGCCUGAUGAUGGCCGCCCGGCCACCCCCCCGAGUGACCUCAUCGAGAUCCAGGUGGUGAAGGUGACAGACACCACGCUGGUACCUGAGCCCCCGGAGCCAGGCUCCCUCCACUGUGCCUUGUGCCCAGCUGCCUUCCGGCUGGUCUCCGAGCUGCUCUUCCACGAACACGGCCACCUGGCGGGGGCUGAGGGUGGCGGGCAGGGUGGGGACUCAAGCCGGUGUCAUGUGUGCGGCCACAGCUGUCCAGGCCCCGCCAGCCUCCGCGCCCACUACAGCCUGCACACGGGAGAGCGGCCCUACCGCUGCCCGCUCUGCCCCCGGGCCUUCAAGGCCCUGGCGCCGCUGCUGCGGCACCAGCACCGACAUGGGGUGGAGCCGGGGACCUCUCAAAGGCCUCCGGAGGCGGCGGCGGCCCGAGAUCAGGGGCCUGAGGUGCCCCAGGAGAGGUCGGAGGUGGUGAUGGCCGCGGCGGCGGCCGGCGCAGCGGUGGGGAAGCCUUUCGCCUGCAGGUUCUGUGCCAAGCCGUUCCGCCGCUCCUCAGACAUGCGAGACCACGAGCGGGUGCACACGGGCGAGCGGCCCUACCACUGCGGCGUGUGCGGCAAGGGCUUCACCCAGUCCUCGGUGCUCAGCGGCCACGCCCGCAUCCACACCGGCGAGCGCCCCUUCCGCUGCACCCUCUGCGAUCGCACUUUCAACAACUCCUCCAACUUCCGCAAGCACCAGCGCACCCACUUCCACGGGCCGGGGCCGGGGUUGGGAGACUCUGGAAGCCAGCUGGCAUCGGGGGCCGAGGGGUCAGGGAGUGGGUGUGGGGCAGGAAACACUCUGGAAGAGGGCCAUGGGGAGACGGCCAAAGUGAAGGCGGAGAUCGACCAGUAGUAUGGGAGAGCAGGCACACGG